CGCACCGCAUGCAGCAACUUUUUAGAAACUCCUUGCGCGAUACCGACUAAAGUACCACCGGUCGCUUUCCCCCCAGUGCCAGUCGGACCUGUAUGGCCCCAUCGAUCGCCAUGUCAGCUCUGACCGCUGCUUUGAAAACCGAAGACCUUCCUCCCCGCUCGGCUAUCCUCAGCAGAGGCGAGAUGCAGACCAGCCUGAGUCCCGCGGAGGAGACCAGGAAGCCCAAAGUGGCGAUUCUGCCCUUCAGCGUCGAGGCACUGAUGGCUGACAGGAAGCCCAGCAGAGAGGUGCCAUCCCCGGACGCCCCGUCCGUGGCCGGGACGUCCCAAGUGCUAGGGAAGAGCGCACGGAUGGGCUCCUUCGGGAGUCUGGAUACUGCACUUCCUGCUUUGCCCAUGAGCUCUUCGUUUUCAAUGGGAGAGAUCAUGAACAUGCAAGACGACGUGCUGAUUAAACCCGAGAGCCCGGACAGUAACGAGAGGUCUUCAUGGAUACAGAGCCCCCGCUUCUCCCCUACACCUCCACGAAGGUUGAGUCCGCCCGCGUGCCCUCUGCGAAAACACAAGACGAACAGAAAGCCCCGGACCCCCUUCACCACGUCCCAGCUGCUGGCCCUGGAGAGGAAGUUCCGCCAGAAGCAGUACCUUUCCAUCGCCGAGCGCGCAGAGUUCUCCAGUUCCCUCAACCUGACGGAGACCCAGGUCAAGAUCUGGUUUCAGAACAGGAGAGCCAAAGCCAAGCGGCUGCAGGAGGCAGAACUUGAAAAACUGAAAAUGGCAGCUAAGCCUAUGCUGCCCCCAGCUUUCGGGAUUUCCUUUCCUCUCGGUGCGCACGUCCCCGGGUCCUACGGAGGUUCGCACCCGUUCCAGAGGCACUCGCUGCCGGUUUCCCCCAUGGGACUGUACGCCGCGCACGUCGGAUACAGUAUGUACCACCUGGCUUGACAGUGACGCAGGACGAGGGGUAGAUACUACUCUGUGACAACCCCAAAGCAUUUGGACAGGUGAGGUGACACUAGUAAAUACAGAGGCAUCCUGGAGGUGAGCUCAGUGUCACAUCUGGUCUGGGGGCCAGGAACUUCUAAUAAAGCCCUCAUCUGAGGACCUUGAAGUUUAUCCACUUCUCGUGACCUCUCCAGUAAGUUCACACACUGCAAAAAGAAUCCAGCUUUACUAGUCAUUUAAUCUUAACCUGUAAAUCAGUUCUGUCAGUGGAAUUUGAAAUAAUAGCAGCAACUAUGAACGCAAUGAAAGUAGAAAUCUUAGGAAUAAGACGGCUAUGAGAAUAAAUGACUUUAAAGUGGGUGUUUUUGCGGUGCAGAAGUGGGAAACAGAACAGCACCUGCAGGCCUGUGGCUGAUCCCUGACGGACAGUUUAGUAUGGACAGCAGGCCGUGCGCCACAGACAGAGAUAGCCCCCUUUCUGCCUUUUAGUGCUGCUUACAGCACGUAGAGGGGCUAUUUCUCAAGCCUCAACGAGUGGCAGACUUUUACGCAGCUGGACAUUUUGCACCAACUAACCAAUGUUGGGUUUCAUUGCAUUUGUGGGCUGCUGUCACACUGCAGAAAAAACACACUUUCAACUUUUUGCAUUCAUAUCAAUGCGUAACGUGAGUUACUGAAUCCAGUGUCAAUGAAUGCUCUUUGAGAAUUUGGAGAACCACAGUAUUUGUUUUUCUUUUUUUAUAACAGCACUGUCUGUUGUCGGAUGAUUCCCUUCGGAAGGGAUAUGUGUACUGUAAAAUAAUGUAUAUUUGAAGAAUAUCCUCAUUUAUAUUAUGAAUAUAUUUGUGACAUAACUUAAUAAAUUGUUUAUUCUUUUUUCAUGAAGAA